AUGAGAAUUAGAAAACAUGCGAAGAUUUCUCUGGUGAAUAACCGUGUUUGCCAACUCAACCAGUCGCCAUGGGAUGUCAUCACUUUCCCCAAUGAAGACCCAUCACUUUUUCAGCCACCGCUGCCAUCUUCUUCUAAUUAUCAGUUUGUUGGAUCUGUUGAUAAUGGGACCUUCAAUGAUACCGAUGAAACUUCUGCGAGUGUUGUUGAGGACGUGGACGUCGAUAUUUCUUUUGCUGCUAAGACAAUUAACCAAGACAAGGAUGAUGAUUUAGAGAUGAAGGAGCUAGGGUUAUUAAUGGACAAAAAUAAUAAUGGUAACAAGAAACAAGAGAAGAAACAUGAUGUUGUAGUGGCGAAGACAGGAAGUUUGCGCCGUCUCCCAACUCGUGCUAAAAAAUCAUCAUAUUCCUCUUCCAAUACUAAUGAUUUCUACUAUUAUUCGGGUUUUGGUCCAUUAUGGGGCAAGAAAAAGGGUGCAAGCAGGAAGACUAUUCAUCCUGCAACAAGUAUCACUGGAAACAAUUCAACCAAAAAUGCUGAGCAAUGUUCGUCAUCCCAAAUGGAUAAUGAAGAAAUUAACUAUGUUGAACUUGAAGACGAGGAUGAUCAUCAUGAAGAACAAAAUGGGAAGAAGAAGAAGAAGAGAUCACUAGAAGCCAAUUAA